GUGCAGGACCAGGACCAGGGAAGCUGUGAACACUUUACGCACCCCCGUCACUCACCGGAGCUUUUCCCGCUCGACAUCUGCGAAAGAAGAGAUGACGAUGAGGUGUUCCUCAUGGCUGGAGCGCCUUCUCUGCUGCGUCCUUAUUCUUGUCGGCUCGGCUGCAUCGCCAUGGCCAGAAGACACUGGACUCUCUCUGCUACAGCUGAUUGGGGAUCCUCCUCCAAAUACGAUCCCCCGGGUCUAUGGGCCCGACAGCAUCCCCAGCUAUGUCUUUGGCCCUGAAGCCAACACGGGACAGAUGGCCCGUGCCCACCUGCCGAACCCAUUCUACCGAGACUUCGCCCUCAUCUUCAACCUGAAACCCACCUCUGAACGGGGCGGCGUCAUCUUCUCCGUCACAGAUACCUUACAGAAGAUCAUGUAUGUGGGUGUUAAACUGUCAGACGUGCAGGGCGGCAACCAGAAUGUCAUCCUGUACUACACGGAGCCCGACUCGCAGAAGUCGUACGAGGCGGCCAGGUUCCUUGUGCCCUCCAUGAUGGACACCUGGACUCGUUUUGCCAUCGCUGUGAGGGAUGACAAGGUGAAGUUCUACCUCAACUGUGACACGGUUCCUUUGGUGAAACGCAUUGAGAGGUCCCCGGACGAGAUGGAGCUGCAGGCCGGUGCUGGGGUCUUUGUCGGGCAAGCUGGAGGAGCUGAUCCUGACAAGUUUCUGGGGGUGAUCAGCGAGCUGAGGGUGGUGGGAGACCCCAGAGCUGCCGAGAUGCCCUGUGAAGAGGAUGACGACGACUCAGAUAUGGCUUCAGGUGAAGGAAGCGGCUACAGAGAAACCAGACCCCUACAGCCAGCUGUGGAGAACCGUAGAAUGACGACUCCUACUCCACCUUCCCGGCCCAUUCCGCAGCCACCACUGACCAGGAAAGAGGAGGUGUCAAUGGAAAGAGAAACAGGUCCAGCUGGUGCUUCAGGAGAAAAGGGUGACCGGGGGGAUGCAGGAAUGAAAGGAGACAGAGGUCCGAUUGGGCCGAAGGGAGAUGCUGGCUCUGGCUCCAGCUCACGAGGUGGAGCCCGUGGAGAGAAGGGAGAACCAGGGGAAAAGGGAUUUAAGGGCAGUGCAGGCUUCGGCUACCAAGGAAAGAAAGGAGACUCCGGCCCCCCCGGACCACCUGGUUCCCCCGGCCCUCCAGGACCAUCAACAGAGUUCUCAGUUGGCAGUGACGGCUUAGUUUCUCCCAGAGUCCCCGGACCCCGAGGACCGGCCGGACCACAAGGUGCUGCGGGCCCCCAGGGACCACCAGGAGCUGAUGGAGAGCCAGGGGAUCCUGGUGAGGAUGGAAAAAUCGGACCUGAAGGACCACCAGGCUUCCCAGGAACCCCAGGUGACUCUGGACAUAAAGGAGAUAAGGGAGACCGUGGAGAUGGUCAGCCUGGUCCCAGGGGACCCCCAGGACUUCCUGGACCCCCAGGACCAGGACUCAGAUCUACUUUUGUUGACAUGGAAGGCUCUGGGUUCCCUGAUCUGGAAUCCGUUCGGGGAUUCCCUGGUCUACCAGGUCCACCUGGUCCCCCCGGUCCCCCCGGUCCUGCUAAUCCCUCUACAGCAGGAGCAGCAUCGAGUUCUGGGGCAUUCGGACCACCAGGAAAGGACGGAGCGCCCGGUCAACCUGGCAUGCCUGGUUUGCCGGGUACUGAUGGCCGCCCAGGAGUUUCUGGUCCAAAGGGAGGAAAGGGUGAUUCAGGCGAUCUGGGUCUUCCAGGAGCAGUUGGACAGAAGGGAACUCCAGGAAACCCUGGUUUACCGGGAACCUCAGGAGACACUGGACUGGCUGGUCUGCCUGGACCCAUCGGACCAGUUGGGCAACCAGGGCCUCCUGGGCCUCCUGGACCAAGCUAUCGUGUUGGAUUUGAUGACAUGGAGGCCUCUGGUGGAGGUUUCAGCAAUGGACUGCCUGGUGUCAGUGGACCUGAGGGAAGACAGGGUUCUCCUGGCAUGCCUGGACUUCCGGGCAAAGAUGCGUUGCCUGGAAUGCCAGGACAGAAGGGCAAUGAAGGUGUCACAGGAAAGGAUGGACGUCCAGGGUUGGAUGGCUUCCCUGGUCCUCAGGGACCAAAGGGUGACAGUGGCAACAAAGGAGAGAGGGGUGAUCCAGGUCGAGAUGGAUCCAGUCUCCCAGGGCCACCCGGCCCACCUGGACCACCAGGACAAAUCAUCUACCAGACAUCUAGCAAUGUUGAUGGUGUUGUUGGCAAUGCUGGGCCUCAGGGAGGAGAUGGUUUACCUGGCCAAGCUGGAUUCCCUGGUCCUAUUGGGCCAAAGGGUGACAGAGGAGACCCUGGCCUUCCAGGCUACGGGAUCAAGGGUGAGAAAGGUGAACCAGGCCAAAUAAUCGGACCUGAUGGAAACCUUCUGCAUCAGGAAGGGCUGGCGGGUUCGAAGGGAGACAGAGGAUCACCUGGACCUGUUGGACCCCCUGGCCAGUACGGGCCGACUGGAAUAAAGGGUGAAAUUGGAAUGCCUGGUAGACCUGGUCGCCCUGGUGUAAAUGGGUACAAGGGUGAGAAAGGAGAGACAGGAGUUGGCUAUGGCUACCCAGGAGUCCCCGGCCAGCCGGGACCACCUGGACCCCCUGGACCAGCCGCUCCCUUAGACCGCUUCAAUCGCUAUGAUGAAACUUCAAGGAAUUACCCAGCAACCAAAGGGGAAAAAGGAGAGCGUGGGGACAAAGGACUUCCAGGAAUCCCAGGAACAGCCACUAAUUUGGAUAUUUACACGCUCAAGAAUGAACUGAAGGGACAGAGCGGAGACCCAGGUGUGAAGGGAGAAAAGGGAGAGCCUGGUGGCGGAUAUUAUGACCCACGUUUUGGAGGAGUACAAGGCCCGCAAGGUCCUCCUGGAAAACCAGGUCUAGAAGGUCCAAAGGGAGAAGCUGUAUUGGGCCCUCCUGGGCCCCAGGGGCCACCAGGGACGCCAGGGAUUGGUUAUGAUGGGCGUCCAGGUCCUCCAGGACCACCUGGACCUCCAGGACCCCAAGGAUCUUCCUCACUUCCAGGAGCAUACAGGCCCAAUCCCUCCCUCAAUCUUCCUGGACCUCCUGGUCCUCCUGGUCCGCCUGGAACUCCCGGUCACUCUUCUGGGAUUACUGUUUUGAGGUCAUAUGACACCAUGAUAGCUACUGCGAGACGCCAGACGGAGGGCAGCCUCAUCUUCAUCCUUGACAAAGCAGACCUCUAUUUGAGAGUGCGCGAUGGACUGCGGCAAGUCAUGCUUGGAGACUACAGUCCCUUCUUCAGAGAUCUGGAGAACGAGGUGGCAGAGGUCCAGCCUCCACCUGUGAUCCUGUACCCCCAGUCCCAGGACCAGUCCCACAACAACGGAGCUGGCCAUUACUCCCAGGGGGGUUCAGCCAUAAGACCCAUUGAGCCUCCACCACACCCGCCUGUAGACCCCAGAUACCCCCCACAGUAUGAUCCCAGGUUCCCAGACCCGAAACACACAGGCCAGACGGAUGGGAGAUUAGCCACCCAGCAGACUGAGAACAGAUACCCGGUAACUCCACAGCGACGACCCAGCCCACCUGUACCGCAGCCUGCCGGCCAUGUGGACCCAACAGCAUCAGGACUACACCUCAUCGCCUUGAACGCCCCUCAAACCGGUAACAUGCGAGGGAUCCGCGGGGCCGACUUCCUGUGCUUCCAGCAGGCCCGCGCUGUGGGCCUGAAGGGGACAUUCAGAGCUUUCCUGUCCUCCAAGCUCCAAGACCUCUACACCAUCGUCCGCAGGUCGGACAGGGACAGCACCCCCAUCGUGAACCUCAAGGACCAAGUGUUGUUCAGCAGUUGGGAGUCUAUCUUCACUGACGAUGCGAGCAAAAUGAGGGAGAAUGUACCGAUCUACUCCUUCGAUGGUAGAGACAUCGUCAGGGACAGCGCAUGGCCAGAGAAAAUGGUCUGGCAUGGAUCAAGCAACAAAGGCCACCGGCAAACAGACCACUACUGUGAAACAUGGCGGGCGGGCGACCACGCUGUGACUGGUCUGGCGUCUUCACUACAGAGCGGCAAAAUCCUGCAGCAAACCUCCAGCAGCUGCUCCGGCUCCUACAUCGUCCUCUGCAUCGAGAACGCCCUCGCAUCACACUCCAAAAAAUAAAUCCCGUCCAUCCUCCUAUUUUUUUUUUUGUUCGUUUUGUUCUGGGCCCUGGUUAAACAGCGUUUUAAUAUCCCGAGAACACGCCUGGUGAACAUGUGGCGUCCAAUGAACUGGCCCUGUGGCUCUUUGCCUGGCAGAGACGCUCUGCAUUGUCUGCUCCUCCCCUCCAUAAACGCCAAAGAGAUGGGUCGAACAGAGGGGUGUUGGUCCUUUUUCUCGGGGGCAUUGACACAUAUUUUCUCCGAGGUGCGGAACGACAGCGGAGAAGCUAAAUGUGUUCUCAAAUUGUAUCCAUUUUUUUUUAUUAUUCUGUAUAUUACAUGUCUGUUGUUUGUGAUUUUCUUUUGACGUUAUCAUUGUUUUACCUUUUGAACUGUUUAUAAAAAUGCUAUAUCCAUCCUUUUAUUUUUUAUUUUUAUAUUAGGUAUUGAUCAUUUCCACUUUUUUCCAAUUCAUUUUAAAAUUGUGGGUAAUGACGGGGAACAGCAAACGUUUAAAGACUAUUUUAAAGAAGAUAAUAGAUAUUUAUUUUUAAAUGAAGUUAUGUAAGGAAAAAAAAUGAUUUGGAAAAAAAUAAAAAAUAAAUGCUUAAUACCCUCAUUUAUAUUCUACACAAUUUAAAAACAUUUCAUUCUUUCAGAAACUGUGCCUUUUUACACAACCAGGACUGCUUUGCAAAAUAAGCUCAUGUAGUGAACCACUCCUUUGGAAAGCAUUAUUCUACAAAUAUGUAAAUGUUACAGCAGCUUUUGCUCAAGUGCAUUCAGAUGCUUUUACUUUUGCUAAAUUUAAAUAGCCUUGAUGGAUACAGACACUACUGUAAUGAAUAAUCCCACAUCCACAGGGCAAGAAUCGUUCUAGCUAAAAUUGAGCCUUAUGAAUCUAAAAAUGAUUAUUUUUCCUUUUACCACUUUAUAAAAACCUAUCAGUGAGUAAGCUGGAAAUGAUUAGUUUGCUGCUAAUCUUUUUGGAGUGAUUGCUGUCACGUGUGUUAGGGCCGAAAAAAAACAGUAUGUUAAAGAGAGAGAAACUUGCAGUAGCCUUGUGUGAAUUUCAGAGACUAACCUGCCCCUAAUGCUACUGAUAUCUUGAAUAUCUUGACUGAACCUGUUGGUAUCCAUUUUUAUAACUAUUUGUGCUGUACUGUUUCUC